UGGGCUGCUUCCCAACGCCAACCUGACAGCAGCAGCAGCAGCAGCAGCAGGAGCAGCACACACUCUUACUUUGCACUGCUUCGUAUGCAUCUAGUCGAUUGACUGCGGCGACACGCAAGAGUGGACGGACGGACGGACGGACGCCUUUCGUAUUUCCCCUCUUCGGAAGCAACCUAGCUCCGCGGUCUGCAGCUGCAAACGCCGUAAAAUGCCCAACAGGAGGAUGUCGAGCACCGUCAGGAAUGGACUCGUGGCACUUAUGCUAACGUGUUCCCUCGCAACGCUGUGCGUGAGGGCAAGUCUGGAGGUGAACGAAAGCCAGCAGCAGCAGCAUCCGACCAACGUGUAUCACGACAUGGGCCUGACCAGGAACAAGAUCGUCACGGCCCAGUUUGAGUGCUACCAGAAGAUCCUGAAGGACAAGCCUUCGGACAAGCAAGAGGCCUUGUGCAACCGCACCUGGGACGGCUGGUUGUGUUGGGACGACACCAAGGCCGGCGUCACCUCCGAACAGCACUGCCCAGACUACUUCCAGGAUUUCGAUCCUUCGGAAAUGGUGACAAAGAUCUGCUCGGGCAGCGGCCAGUGGUUCCUGCAUCCUGAGAGCAACCGCACGUGGACCAACUACACGCGCUGCAACGAGCACACCAGCGAAGGCAGAGUGACAGCAAUGAAUCUUUUCUACUUGGCUCUCAUCGGACACGGACUGUCGCUGACCUCCCUCUUUGUCUCUCUUGGAAUCUUCUUCCACUUCAAGAGUUUAAGUUGCCAGAGAAUCACGCUUCACAAGAACCUCUUCUUCUCUUUUGUGCUCAACUCUGUCAUCACCAUCAUUUGGUUGACAGCUGUGGCAAACAACCAGGAGCUGGUGCAGAGGAAUCCGACAAGCUGCAAAGUGUCACAGUUCAUUCAUCUCUACCUCUUUGGCUGCAACUACUUCUGGAUGCUGUGCGAGGGCAUUUACUUGCACACGCUCAUCGUGGUGGCCGUCUUUGCCGAGAAGCAGCACCUCAUGUGGUACUAUCUGCUCGGCUGGGGCUUCCCGCUCAUUCCUGCUUCCAUUCAUGCCAUUGCAAGAAGUUACUACUACAAUGACAACUGUUGGAUCAGCUCCAAAACAUCACUGCUCUACAUCAUCCACGGUCCCAUCUGCGCCGCUCUCCUGGUCAACUUAUUCUUCCUGCUGAACAUCGUGAGAGUGCUCAUCACCAAGCUGAAGGUGACCCACCAAGCCGAGUCCAGCCUGUACAUGAAGGCGGUGCGAGCCACCCUCAUCCUGGUGCCGCUGCUGGGCAUCCAGUACGUGCUGCUCCCCUACAAGCCGGACGGACGCGUUUCCUCCGAAAUCUACGACUACAUCAUGCACAUUCUCAUGCACUACCAGGGUCUGCUGGUAGCCACCAUCUUCUGCUUCUUCAACGGAGAAGUCCAAGCUGUGUUACGGAGGCACUGGAACCAGUACAACCUGCAGUUCGGCAGCGGCGCCGGGAACCACUCGGACGCCCUGCGCUCGGCGUCCUACACGGCUUCGUCCAUCACCGAGGUGCAGGCCUGCUACAGCAUCGACGGCCACUCGGAGCACAUGAACGGCAAAGGGUGCCACGAGGCCGACGCGUCCAUCCUCAGGUCGGAAAAUCCCUUCGCCUGAGAAGACGGCCCCCAGCCGGGCCAUGCCUUUGAGCUGGCUCGUGCCAAAGUGACAAGACCCUCUUGGAAUCACAGUUUCUUCUCCUUUUCCCAGCAACUGAAUCACCAGAAACGUAUUUCAGGGUUGCCGAUGAAGCUUCGGAAUCCCUGGCAUCGCUUUCUAAAUGGCUGACCGGGCCUCUUAUCAGUGGACAAAGUCUCGACGGCAGGCCAUUUCCGAGACAUUUCUCAGCUCGUAUUUUGAAGGACUUGAAGUGUGGCCAAUGGAUGAGCAGGCCUUCCGAGACAACGCGCUACUUUCCAGUGAUCUUGGAGACGGACCUUGGUCCGUUUCCGUCCAAUAGCUUUUCCGACACGGCACGGCACGGCACAUAUCUUCCGUGCUCACCUCGAGAUUUUGUGCCACAGCAAGUGGAACUUAUCCCUCCCGACAAACUUUUUCCAUCAUAACAGGAUGCGUGAAAAAGUCCAAAUUGAACAGGAAGUCGGCCAUUUUGGCAACAUUUCUCUGCUUGUACAGCGAUCGCCUUUGUAGCCCCAAACAGGUUAAGGUUGGUUCAGCCCAAUUGGUUUCGAGGCUGCGCCGUGAACAUGAGCUUCAGCUUCAUGACCCACUUACAAAGCACGGAUGCUCCACGUAACCAUUUCUUCCUACCAUCUUAAUUUAUCCAUUAUUAUUCCUUUUGAUCCCGAAAAUAUUUAUUUGCGCUGUUGAUAAGCUUCCUUUUUGCGUCGGUCCAAUCCUCAAAUACAUACGCACCUCUUAUUCCUUUGGCAACAUUUGAAAAGCAUUCGAGCUUUCUCUUUCUGAAGAAGAGGCGGAGCCAGACCCAGAGCUCCUGCUAACACUGGAAGGGGGGGGGGGGGGGGCAGGGGGGGUUAGGGUCAAGCAUUGAAAUGAGCAAAAGUUUGUCAUUUGACUGUUAUCGUCGCACACCGCUACAGUGCCGUAUGAAGAAGAAAUGAGUUUCAUGCUCCUUUUGUUGACUUCAAUCAUUGGAAUGGACGUGAUUGGCAAGGGCAAGUUUUUUGAGGUUCUCGCAUCUGAAUGAAAAACGUUUCUAAACCUCAAGUUGUAAAUAGCUCAUUCAACUUUCUUUUUUUUUUUAAUGAUUAUUCUUAGCAUUACUUUGGACGCAAUUGUUGUGCGUGCAAAACCACCGUACGAAUGCAAACAUUGGACCCCGCCAACUUUGACGUUGGAGUCAUUGUUGGGCAGAUGUAGACAUUUGGCCAGAUGAGCAUAGCUGAAAGUUUCCAUCUUGAGAAAGGUCCCAAUCUGCCAAAGGAUGCUGACGGGUUGGUCGUAAUUGACUUGUUUUGCAACCACGAAAACAUUGGCGACCACCUUCAGGUCGUCGGGCUCCACUCGAGUUCUGCUCUUUUGAAUGUAACAAAUUCUGUGAUGUGGAGAAAGACACUAUAUUUGCAUUCAAUGUCUAUUUUUAUGAAUAUUCCACUGAAGUGAACGACGUGGUUGUCGUGUCAACGGCAGCACUUGUUUGUUUGUCUGCAAGCUUUGUUUCUCUUCUCGAGUUCAUUGUGAAGGAAUAUAACUCGGCGCCUCUUUCUUACACUGACCUAAUAAAGGCAAACCACCAUUUCCGUA